GCUGUCAUUUUAAUCUGUUUGAGCGGGGCAUGGGGCGUGGCGGCGUCUCAAGGAAACGACAACAUUUUGGUGUCCGGGAUUUCCGACGCGUGCGGCGACUCGUCGGAGCUCUUGCGCGGAUCCAGCGGGGUCAUCGCCAGUCCCGGUUGGCCUUUCCGGUACCCGGCCCGCCUCAACUGCAGCUGGAACAUUCGCGGCCGGCCCGGAGACACGGUCACCAUCAGCUUCCAGGACUUUGACCUGCAGGGCUCGCGUCGCUGCUCGUCUGACUGGAUGUCCAUCAGCGGCUACAAGAAUCUGGACGGUCUGCGCGUGUGCGGCUCCUCCCUGCCGCCUCCUUACAUUUCUUCGCAGGACCGCGUCUGGAUCCGCUUCCGCUCCGACGAGGCGCUGGCGGGGAAAGGUUUCAGGCUUUCCUACGUCACCGGUAAGCCGGACGUCGCCGGCUGCGACGCGGAGCAGUUCCACUGCUCCAACGGGAAGUGCAUCCCCGACUGGUGGCGUUGUAACUCCAUGGACGAGUGCGGCGACAAUUCGGACGAGGACCUGUGCGCGGACUCGCCCUUUUCCUUCCAGCCCUGCGGCCCGGAGCAGUUCCCGUGCUUGUCCCGCUACACGCGGAUCUACACUUGCCUGCCUCGCAGCCUGCGUUGCGACGGCAGCAUCGACUGCCAGGAUCUGGGCGACGAGAUCGACUGCGACGUUCCGACCUGCGGGGAGAGGUUACGCAACUUCUACGGCUCCUUUAGCUCUCCUAACUAUCCGGACUUCUACCCGCCGGGAAGUAACUGCACCUGGCUGAUCGACACCGGAGACCACAGGAAGGUCAUCCUGCGUUUCACCGAUUUCAAACUGGACGGGACGGGUUACGGCGACUACGUGAAGGUUUACGACGGCCUGGAGGAGAACCCUCGCCGCCUCCUGAGGGUUCUGACGGCCUUCGACUCCAGGGCGCCGGUCGCCGUGGCGUCGACUUCCGGACGGCUGCGCGUCCAUUUCUAUGCCGACAAGAUCAACGCGGCCAGAGGCUUCAACGUCACCUACCAGGUAGACGGCUUUUGCCUGCCUUGGGAGGUUCCCUGCGGGGGCGACUGGGGCUGCUACGCCGAGCGCCAGCGCUGCGACGGCUACUGGCACUGCCCCAACGGCCGAGACGAGUCCAACUGUUCGGCGUGCCGGGAGGACGAGUUCCCGUGUUCCAGAAACGGGGCCUGUUACCCGCGAUCGGACCGCUGCAACUACCAGAACCGCUGCCCCAACGGCUCCGACGAAAAGAACUGCUUCUUUUGCCAGCCCGGAAACUUCCACUGCAAGAACAACCGUUGCGUGUUCGAGUCGUGGGUGUGCGACGCCCAGGACGACUGCGGCGACGGCAGCGACGAGGAAAACUGUCCCGUGGCGGUCCCCACCAGGGUGAUCACGGCCGCCGUCAUCGGCAGCCUGGUCUGCGGCCUCCUGCUGGUCAUCGCGCUAGGAUGCACGUGUAAACUCUACUCCCUGCGCAUGUUCGAACGCAGGUCCUUUGAGACGCAGCUGUCCAGGGUGGAGGCGGAGCUGCUGAGGAGGGAAGCCCCGCCCUCCUACGGUCAGCUGAUCGCUCAGGGUUUGAUUCCUCCCGUGGAGGAUUUCCCGGUCUGCUCCGGGAGCCAGGCGUCGGUCCUGGAGAACUUGCGCCUGGCGGUGCGUUCUCAGCUGGGCUUUGCCUCGCUCCGGCUCCCUUCCGCCGGUCGCCGCGGAAACCUGUGGCGCGGCCUCUUCGGCUUCUCCCGCUCUCGCCGUUCGGGCUCCCUGGCCCUGGUCUCCGCCGACCCGGAGGACGGCGGCGGUACCGCCGGUUCCGCUUCGGACCUCUUGUCCCCGGACUCGGACGACACGGAUACGGAGAGCGAGAGGGGGCGGGAGCGCGGCGGGGCGGCGGCCGGCCCCGUCGCCCCUCUGCCCCGGAAGACGGCGCCCCCCGCUUCGGCGGACGCCGCGACGCCGACCCCCGUCGACCCGUCGCCCGGUCCGCGCCCGGUCCGAAACCCGCCCGCCGAAGACGGGGAAGCGGACGCGGGAGGUCCCGGCGGCGAAACGUCCCGCCUCCGGGCCCCGCCUGCUUCCACUCUGCGUCGCCUGAGCCAAAAUCUGCACCGCCUCGCCAGGAGCCUGGCGUCUAGCGGCGCUAACCGGCAGAACCGGACUUGGCCCAAUCACAGUCCGCUACGGCGGCUGGCGACGGGAAGCGGCCGAGCCGAAUCCGGCGACCGGCCGGGCGGCGGGGACGAAGACGAAGACGCGGAGCUGCUGAUACCGGACUCGGACUCGUCCUCCUCGUCGGGCGCCGUCCGCCGGCCGCCUCCGGAGCCGUCCGCGCGACAUCAGCGCGCGGCGCGAGCCGGCCGGGACGGACCUUGUCGAAGCUGCGGCAAAGUUCACACCGCUCGUAUCCCCGACGCCUGUCUGGAGGUCGGCGGUAAGUCGGAGAGCAGCGACGACGAGCUGCUGCAGCCGUGUUGA